UUUGGGUGAAACUGAAAAUCCCUGAUUCAAUUCAAGUGCAGCUAACUCUCAAUCUGGACAUCUUAUGUCGGUAUUCAAACAAGCCUUGCCGUCGACGAUCCCGCGCAUAAUUCGAAGGUGCACCUCACCAUUUCUGGGAGGAAUAACGGUGCCCUACACUGCAUGUUCGGUAGCAACAGAAUGUCUGAGCCGAUCAUUCUGUCCGACGAAGAAGACCACUACGACGUCGCAACGCCUUUCACAAGCCUUUUCAAGAAACGCCGAACCGAUCCCGAUCCAAACCGGACCAUUCUCGUCCUGGACGAUGAUCCGACCCCCCAGAAGCCUGGUUCUUCGUCCACACCUUCUUUCGUUGCUGAGACUCCUAUGUCUGCGCCGUCCAAUUCCGACGUCUUAAUUGUCAAAUGCACAAGAGCUUCAUCUGAUUUUGAUCCCCACACUAGGGCCUCAACUUCCGAACCUGACAUCACGGGAAUUAGCAAGAUGAUAUGUUUGGAAUCUGACAAUGAGUUGGAAAAUUCUGGAAUGGACAAUGGGACUGGGAUUGAAACCAGGGAUUCAUGUCUGGAUUUUUCUGGAGAUUCAAGAUGGACUUCAGAGUUUAUUGGUUCCAGAAGUUUUCCUGAGAUGUAUCUAUCAUCUGUCCAUGCUACAUCAACUGAAAUGGCUGGGGACAACCCUCUUAAUCCAACAUCUUCAUUAAUGGAUAGUGAUCUGGUGCAUGACUAUCCUGGUAAGGAAAAUAUUAGCGUGGACAUGGAGCAGGAAGAGAAUAUUGAAAAAGUGAAAAGAUCCCAAGUUUCUGAAAAGAACACAAGUAAGCCAAUGGGGAGAACAAAGAUAACAAAAGAAGAAAGAGCUCGUCUAAUGGAGGAGAAGAAACUAAAGAAAGAGGAAGAGAAGUUGAGAAAAGCAGCUCUAAAGGCUGAAGCAGCGGAGUUGAAGAAAAACGAGAAAGAAAAGCAAAAAUGGGAAAAGGGAAAGUUUGCACUAAAAUCCGUUGUGGCUGAAAUUGAUGCGAAAGUAGUUGAAUCAGGUUCAAUUGGGGGGCAUUUACUUACUAGGUUUGCUGAGAAAGGGCUUACAUAUCAUAUAACUUCAAAUCCAAUUGAGAGGUCAAUUUUGUGGUCUAUGAAAGUUCCAGAACACAUUUUACAGCUUUCGACUGAUAGAGUAAAGAUUCCGUAUGUCUUACUUGUUCAUGAGGCAGACAAAUUUUGCGACCUAAUCACCAAUGAAUGUCUUUUCGAUCAUCUUUCUAGCGUUCAAAGUCUUUAUCCAACUUAUACAGCUUGUUACCUCACCAACAGGCUGAUGGCUUACAUUAAUAAAAGGGAACAGGAAAAAUACAAGAACCCAGAACAUAAUAGUUGUUGGAAGCGUCCACCUGUUGAAGAGGCGCUGGCAAAGUUAACGACUCAUUUCACUAAAGUACAUUCUAGGCAGUGUGUAGAUGAAGCUGAACUGGCUGAACAUGUUGUUGGAUUGACAUGCAGCCUGGCAUCUUGCCAAUUUAGAAAGAAGUUAACGCGAUUGUCUGUAAAUGCAAAUGGAUCUCUUAUCCCAAAGGACACUUUUGACCGCAAUUUAAUCAAGAAAAAUGUGUGGUUAAAAUCUUUGGUUGCCAUCCCCAAGGUUCAGCCACGAUUUGCUAUUGCUAUUUGGAAGAAAUACCCAACCAUGAAGUCUCUGUUGACUGUCUAUAUGGACCCAAAUAAAUCGGAACAUGAAAAGGAAUUUCUGCUCAAGGAUUUGAAAACAGAAGGUUUAACUGGUGGUGACAGAAGGCUUGGUGAGGUUUGUUCAAAGAGGGUUUACAGGAUUUUAAUGGCUCAAAGGGGAAGCAUUAGAACAGAUGAUGUCGAGGAUGGCGCUGAUUUCUUUGGACGUCAAUCAUCGUAAUAGCUUCGUCAUUGUAUGCAAACCGUUAGAAUGUAUAUUAUCAUUUUGGGACAAUGAAACUUUUGAUCCCUCAAGUUAAUUUUAGUUAUCGAUUUUCUCUUUGAAAUUUGAUCUUGAUCAAUCAAUUAAAUUGCUAGUUUUAUAAUCAUAUACAAUUAAUUUUUAUGAUGUUAUUUUCCCUUCCAAUCAAAAUGACUAAUUGUAUAUGGCUUUGAAACUCAAGAGUCUUGAUUUAUAAAGAUUAGAUUUCAAAAACUGACAAAUGAUACAAAUUUGAGAAAUCAAAAUUUUUCUUGUAUCUAUCAUUUCCAAAUUGUAUCAUAUUUACCCACCAAAAUAUACUUACUGAGAACAUUUGGAAGAAAAAGAAAGAGAAAAUCAAGCAUCAGAGUCGUUAUGAUGCACUAAAUCAA